AUGCCUGGUCAGAACUAUAGCACCACGUCUGAGUUUAUUCUCUUCGGCUUCUCAGCCUUCCCCCAGCAGCUCCUGCCCGCCUUCUUCCUGCUGUACCUCCUGAUGUACCUGUUCACGUUGCUGGGGAACCUGCUCAUCAUGGCCACCGUCUGGACUGAACACAGACUCCAUACGCCCAUGUACCUCUUCCUGUGCGCCCUGUCCGUCUCUGAGAUUCUGUUCACGGUCACCGUCACUCCCCGCAUGCUGGCCGACCUGCUCUCCACCCACCGCUCCAUCACCUUUGUGGCCUGCGCCAACCAGAUGUUCUUCUCCUUCAUGUUCGGCUUCACCCACUCCUUCCUGCUCAUGGUCAUGGGCUACGACUGCUACGUGGCCAUCUGCCACCCCCUGCGCUACCACGUGCUCAUGAGCCCCCGUGGCUGUGCCCGUCUUGUGGCCUGGACCUGGGCUGGUGGCUCAGUCAUGGGGAUGGUGGUGACAUCAAUAGUUUUCCAUCUCACCUUCUGCAGGUCAAAUGUGAUCCACCAUUUUCUCUGCCACGUGCUUAGCCUCUUGAAGUUGGCCUGUGGGGACAGGACAUCCUCUGUCAUCAUGGGUGUGAUCCUGGUGUGUGUCACAGCCCUGAUGGGCUGUUUACUCCUCAUCCUCCUAUCCUAUGUCUUCAUCGUGGCUGCCAUCCUGAGGAUCCCCUCUGCUGAGGGCCGGCACAGGACGUUCUCCACGUGUGUAUCCCACCUCACCGUGGUGGUUGUGCACUAUGGCUUUGCCUCCAUUAUCUACCUCAAGCCCAAGGGUCCCCAUUCUAUGUACAGUGACACCCUGAUGGCCACCACCUACACGGUCUUCACCCCCUUCCUUAGCCCGGUCAUUUUCAGCCUAAGGAACAAGGAGCUGAAGAAUGCCAUCAAUGGAAGCUUCCGCAGAAAGUUCUGCCCCCUCGUCUCCCGAUGGCCAGCUAGACAGCUCAGCUCUGCUGGUUCCCACAGCAAUCUCAGCGGGACGAAAGUGAAGCUGGUCAUUCCAGUAGUGCCCCAAAAGCCUGGGGAUGCCAGUUGUCCACCUGGCUCCCCUGUACCCUGCAAGGGGCACUCUUGA